AUGGUCCAUGGUGACAACAGAGGCUUCCAGAAGCUAUGCAAUGACCAGAGCCUUAGCUUCAGGCCCAAUUACACCAAAAGCAGCAAUCAGCAGAGACAGGAUACCAUGUGCACUUGGCAGAAAGGUGGCAGCUUCAGCAACAGGAUGUCCACAGAAGACGAGGCCACAGAGACGAUUCCCUUUGAUCCUGUAUUCCUGAAGUUCAAAAGACAGAAAGCGAUGAUUUCAAAUGCAAUAAAAAAGCCAUUUCCUUUUCUUGAGGUACUCCGUGACAACAAUUUCAUCACUGAAAAAAUGUACACAGAUUUUAAAGAUUCCUGUACAAACCUGGUUCCUGUACAAAAGGUGGUCUACAGAGCCCUAGAAGAACUGGAGAAGAAAUUUGACCGGAAUGUUCUAUGGGUAGUGUUCAGUCCUGGAAUUCUGAUGGAAUACCCUGAUUUGGAACCCAUUUCCAAAGAAAUCGAAAAUGUCUUGCCACAGAACAAAUUGUGGUCCAAAGAAAUUGAUAGAAGGGACCGGAACUCACAACUCAGUCUUGAACAAGGACAGGGUGACAGCUGCUGUCAAGAAAGCCUGACCUCAUCACCCUCAGGUCCCUCCUCAUCUGAUGGCUGGAGAAGUACCCAGGGAACCCAAGCUGAGAAUCGCCAAUUCUCCAUCCCUCAGAUUCACAGUGUUGUGAGUUUAUCUGAAAAUGGACUCUCAGAAGACCUCUAUGAAGUAGUAGACGUGAAAGAAGAUACCACCGGCGACGACAUUGAUGGACUGCAAUGGCCCCAAGCAGCCAGACCGCCAGGCCCAGGUUCUGAGCCGGAGGAUUCCUGUGAACUAAAAGUCCAACUGAGUGACAGAGAUGCAGGCCUGGAGCCUCACAUCCCAUUGCCCUGCAGCAACGAAAGAGCAGCGAUACCCAGCCAUGGGAUCCACACUAGCCCCUGUUCUGUGCCUAUGGAAAAUAUAAAGCAAGAAAAUUCUUCAUUUUUUUUGGAUGAUGAACAUCAGACCCAUGCAAGGACUGACAACAAUCAGGUCUCUGAGAUAAUAGACCUUACCAGAGAUAAUCCUGAUGAUGGACCCAGAUGCUCGGAGGAAUCUACCUCAGUCACCAGCCAGUCAAAUACCACGUAUGCUGAGAACAACUCUGCCUCAGGAAAGCAUGGUCAAAAAAAAAGAAGGAAAAAGAGAAACAACCUUGGAAAAUAUGUAAUUCGGAACAUCAAAAUGCCAGUGCCCACAAUCUGGAAAAAAAGUUAAAAACAAAAUAUUUUCAAUACUGAAUUUUCAUUUUUUAAAUUAUAUACUUCCAAUAACAAAUCUACUUCUCUAACUGCUCAUUGUAGCCAUGGUAACUGUU